AAUGACAGCUUGAUUGUGUUGCACAAAUCUGAUUCUGAAUUUGUGCAUGUCAUUCGUCGGACGCUGACUGGCUGUUUAUUGUAAAUUAUUUCAUAAAGUUGUUUAAAAUCAUUAUUGACAAAUAUCAAAAUGCUGAGUGUUGGCGGAAAUUUUCCUGAAUAUGCUGUUCCUGGCGCUAAACAAGUUCGCUUCGAGCCGUACGCUGACAACGGAGGAAGCAUCGUUGCUAUUGCCGGUGAUGAUUUUGCAGUAAUUGGUGCUGAUACACGUCUUAGUACGGGAUUCUCGAUCUACACAAGGGAACAAAAGAAAUUGUUUAAGCUGUCCGACAAAACUGUAUUGGGCGCGACCGGCUGCUGGUGCGACACGCUGACUCUCACCAGACUGCUCUCUGCCAGAAUGCAGAUGUAUGAACACGAGCAUAACAAGUCUAUGUCGACUCCUGCCGUGGCUCAGAUGCUUUCCACGAUGCUCUACUAUAAGCGGUUCUUCCCAUAUUAUGUGUCUAAUGUGUUGGCUGGUCUGGAUGCUGACGGAAAAGGCUGCGUGUACAGCUACGACCCUAUCGGCCAUUGUGAACGCUCCAACUACCGCGCUGGUGGCUCAGCGGGUGCUCAGCUGCAGCCCCUGCUUGACAACCAGAUAGGGCUUAAGAACAUGCAGAACGUUACAGAAGCCCCCAUACCUAAAGAGAAGGCUUUAGCCUUACUGAAGGAUGUGUUCAUCAGCGCUGCUGAGCGUGACAUUUAUACUGGAGACUGCAUUUACAUAUUGAUUAUUACUGCAAGUGGCAUCCAAGAGGAGAAAUUUGAAUUGCGUAAAGAUUAAUAGUGAAAUAAAUAUAAUUUCAAGA